UUGCACUUCAUGCUUACCGACACCCUGCAGCCUCUGGCUCAGCUCCGCUCCCGCUGCUGCGAGCCCCUGAGCGAGGCCCUACUCGCCGUCAGCAGCGAUGCCGGCCCUGUCGACAGCUGGAUCGAAAACCUCGAGUGCCUCUAUCUUGGCGACGACAGCGACGAUCGCAGGCGCGAUGGCGACUUCAGAGUACCUUCCAAGCGCCGUCGAGGGCCUUCCGGUCCUCUCGCGAGCGUCCCGCCUUCCCCUGGAAUCUUGAAAAGGCGUAACCUGGAUCCUCUGACUGGCACUGAUGCAUCGCGAAACUACGUUGCCGUCUCGUACACUUGGGAGCCUUCUACAGACGAAAGUCCUGCCAUUGGCCGCUAUCUGAUUGAAACUCGUGAUAGGCAGCCACGCGUCCGCAACAGCGAGGUCCGUGAUAAUGUUUGGGACCGUGUCCUUCGCUUUGCAAAGUAUGUUGGCUGUCCCAACAUUUGGGUAGAUCGGGAGUGCAUCGAUCAGGAGAACGACGCUGAGAAGCAGGCGGCCAUGCAGAACAUGCACCUCGUCUACAGCCUCAGCAGGAAUCCUGUUGCUCUUCUGACCUGCACUAUCACCACCGAGCAACAGCUUGUACUGCUCGCUGAUCUGCUCAACGGCAAUGUCCAAGAACAGAAGCGAGCGGCCACUCUAGAUCUCCUGCAACACAUAACUUCGAGCUCGUGGUGGAAUCGUGCCUGGACGUUUCAGGAAGACUAUAGAGCUUCUAGCCGUAUAAAGUUGCUCAUUCCGCACACACCCGAUCUUCAAGUUUGUAAACGAAAACUUCGAAGUAGCAAGGGCGCCUCGUUGUUCGGUGCCCUCCCUGGGGAGGUCAUCCUUAAGUCUGCCGACUUCAAGAGGCAUGCGACCAGAUUCUGCAUCGCCUACCAGAAGAAUGGUGGACCUCAAUCUACUUGCAAAAGCAUCCUCGAAACCUCGGGUAGAUAUACAGAGCUCCUAAAAGAAAGGGCCGUUUCGCCUAGGACGCCUUCAAUCACACGCUCCAUGUCGCCUACAAUCUUCACAGAUGUAUGCAAGCGAGGCAUCACGACCGAGUCCGAUCGUCUAGCCAUAAUUGCAAACUGUUGUGGAUAUGAAACACGCCUCAGCAAUGACGCGCUCGCCAGACGGGACAGCUUGAGUCUCCUCUUGCUUGCGCUGUUCCUGAUCAACGGUGAAAUUAUGGAGAACGAUCCAGCGCGGAACUUCGGCUCCUUGGCAGACUCUGUCCUCACAUAUAUCACAAAGCAGUCUUUGCAAAGCUUCCGUCCGGUUGUACACCAGGAGUUGACCUUCAUCAAACAUUGUCGCUUCAUCCAGCCGAAACUCACAGCCGGCGGCAUAAGCACCAAGGGUCACCUAUGGACCCUAGGGAGAACCAUUCGGCGCGACGCCAUCACGGAUCCUGAUCUCACAGCAGCCCAGGUCCUUCAGAUUCUGUCCAUCGACUUGCAAGACGGUCUCUUUGGCAAAGAUCUUGACACCCUUGCCGAACAGAUUGACGAGUGGGCAGGCUCAAGCCAGGCCACAAAUGCGUCUUUCAGCUCGCAACAUCCAUCAUCCCAAUGGCGAGACUGGAUGGCGAAUCAAGUAGCUCAGUGCUUACGUGACGGCAAGUCACUCCGCCUGGGCACGCUCGUUGACGCGAUCGAACUCCAAAAUGGACGGAGGUCCACGAAACGCCAGCCUAGUGCGAUCUUCACCGCAGAGGAGGAUUCGCGCUCUCUCUUAGAUCCGGACACCCGACCAGCCGAACACGUCUUCACCUCUUUCCGAUGGGCUAGAAAUGAGUCAGACACGCUGGACAAACACGUCAGCUUGCGAGUAAGGCUUGCACCCGGCGAAGACGCAAGCCCGUCACCAAAGAAAUCAUCAGUGCCCAUUCAUGAUACUGUAGACGAGGCACUCAGUGUGGUCCCACCAAGACUAUAUAUCGAUCGUUGGGUGAAUGGACUCUGCUUUUUUGCAGGGCUUGCAACACAGGAGGUUGUGUUCCCAUUGCCGAGUGCCCUCACAGAGUGACUAGAGGCUCUAGCUGCGGGAAUACGUGAAGGCUGGGAGCCUUCUUGUCCAUCGACGAGAACGUGCCUCUCAUCAAUUCAGGCUCCGCUCUAGAUGAGUGGCCAGCAUUGCUUGUUCUAUUGUCAAAAAAAGGAAAUUUGGCCAGCGUCUUGGUCGACGUCUUGAGCAUGUCUUCUGUGGGAUACUUUUCGGUGCCUCUUCGGAACGGUCUACUUGAGGCAUCUCAUGCAUUGAGCCACAGUGCAAAAAGGACGCAAAACAUUGGGGGGCAAGAGGACUCCUGUUCAAGUCGCAAGACCAACAAAUUACAAGCUGUUCUAUGAUUUUCAUCUUGGUCACUGGUGGUGAUGCAUGUAGU